AUGCUGGGAUCACAUCCUCUGCGCGCUGACCGUGGCACGCAGACGCAAGACUCACGGUCGAAACAACCAAACAAGAAACCAAACCUCCCUCCUCCCCGUCGCCCAACACCAGAGGCUCGCUCGGACAGCCUGGAAUGUCCGUUCAAGUUUGGACAAUCCGAGAAGCAACCGACCGAAACGGAGGACGGCGCUAGUGGCUCGGGAACUGGUGCAUUACAGGGUGAAUAUCGCCGCACUCAGCGAGACCCGGUUGUCCGAACAAGGUCAGCUGGAGGGGUUGGGUGCCGGCUACAUAUUCCUAUGGAGGUAGAAGAACGAGACUCGGGCGUAGCCUUUACGACACGGAACGACAUGGUUGGACGACCUUCCCGUCUGUCGCACGACAUCAGCAAUCGACUAAUGAGUCAACAUCAUCAGCGCCUACGUCCCCCUCCCCAUCACCAGAUGUGAUGAAGCGAAGACGAAGUUCUACGAAGACCUGCAAGCUGUCAUGCCGACUGUGCCAAAAGUGGACAAGUUGAUUGUCCUCGGCGAUUUCAAUGCCAUUGCAGGGACAGAGUGCGUCGCCUGGAUAGCAGUGGUGGGUCUUAAAGGGAUCAUCGACUGCAACGGCAAUGGUCUCCCUUUCCUACAAGCUCGCGCAGAACACAGCCUUCUCCUGACCAACACGUUCUUCAGCAUCACCGACAAUGCCUUCGUUAGAGCAUGUGAACCCACCUCUACACCACGUUCGCGGAUCUGA